GGCUGUCUUGCUUUCUUCACCUCUCAGGAGAGAGUAGGUAUUAGGUAUUAGGUUGAGCACACAUCGGAGUAAGCCCAGUCUUCAGGUUUGCUUCCUCCAAACACUAAUUGACAACCCACUCCUUCCUUCUUCUCCAUGCUUGCUUUCUUUGUGUAGGUGAAGUUUCGCAAAGUCUUUGGCAUUUAUGAAUCCCUUAGGAUUUUGUAGAGGGGAACAGAUAAUUCACCUCAUUGACUGACUGUGUGAUUUCAGUUUCUCACGUUUACUUUCAGAAAGGGACCGGGGGUCAAAUUCGCUGUGGGCCGCGCUGCUGGAAGACCCUGUGCCCGGCACACACAGCACUGUGAGAGGUCCUCGGGCUGCCCUGUGUCCCUGGCGAGAAUGCCUUCAGAAAUCUUGUUGAAGAUACUUUCCUACCUGGAUGCUGUAAGUCUGCUGUGCAUUGGAUGUGUAAACAGGCGCUUUUAUCACCUGGCCAAUGACAAUUUUAUUUGGAUCAGAAUUUACUUGGCUGCCUUUCCACCUAGAAGAUCCAAUUGGAAAGUUGAUGCAAUGGAAGAGGCAGCUGAGGAGACCAGCUUACUAUCCAUUGGGGAAAAAGAAGCCGGAUACUGGAAGAAAGAAUAUAUUACAAAGCAAAUAGCAUCUGUGCAGGGGGCACUCACUCAGGUCCUGAGACCUGUUAACCCCUACACAGGCCUGCCAGUGAAAACCAAAGAGGCCCUCAGAAUAUCUGGUUUAGGCUGGGCAAUUAUAUUGAAAGAGAAAAGUGGAAAAGAAUAUAUCAUGGACCAUGUUGAUCUUUCCUUAAAUGAUACAUCAGUUACUGUGGUGUGGUAUGACAAAAACUGGCCAUGUUUAGCCUCGUUGUCAACCUUAGAUUUGUGUGGUGUGACACCAGUUUUUAUGGACCGGUAUAAACUCUCCACCAAAAAUGGACCUCGUUGGUAUUCUUUAAUUGCAAAGUAUGAUCUCAGUCAUUUAACUGAGUGCACGAUGAUUGGCUGUGACAGACUCAUUCGGAUCUUCUGCCUAAACCCUGGGCUCCUGGUGGGGCUGUGGAAGAAGGAGGAAGAGCUGGCUUUCGUUGUGGCAAAUCUUCAUUUCCAUCACCUUGUGGAGAGGAGCACCUUAGGCUCGGCCACCGUUCCUUAUGAGCUGCCUCCUCAUAGUCCUGUUUUGGAUGACAGCCCAGAGUAUGGACUACAUGGCUACCAGCUCCAUGUGGAUCUGCACGGUGGUGGAGUUUCCUACCUGUGCGGUACAUUUCGUAAUCUCUUCACCAAGAGAGAACACAUUGAAAAUGGACACAUCAAGCUCAUUGUUAUAAAUGUUACGAAUAACAGAGAGCACCUACCUCUUGUUGGAAAAAUUGGCCUUACUUGGAGAACUAAUAUAUUUUAUGGCUUUAUAAAGAGCUGCUCUAUAAUGGACGUGACUCUUCUAGACGAAUACGGGAAGCCUUUCUGGUGCUUGAGUUCCCCAGUCUGCGUGCGAUCUGCCGCCAGCCCCUCGGAUGGCCCUAACUUCCUGGGCCAGACAUUCUACGUGGACUACGUGGAUGUGGAGGGAGCGGUGCACGCGGAGCUGGUGUGGAUGCAGGAGACCGAGGAGUACUUCCUCGUCAGCCUGGUCCUUCAGCUCGCCGUGGCGAAAGUGAACCACUGGUUUGGGACGAAAUACUGAAUGUGAACAGCCGUUGGCAAAGAAGUGUUGCUAGUUGGCUGUUUCUUUUUGACUUACUCGCUUUGUUCUUGGGGUUGGACGUUCAA